AGACGGGCGGAAGCGGAAGUGCCGGUCUGGGGCCCGCUCCGGGUGGAUGUCCCCUUAGCGCUUCUUAAGCCACCGCCUGCACCAGCCAUGGACUGCUACACGGCGAACUGGAACCCACUCGGGGACUCUGCCUUUUACCGGAAAUAUGAGCUGUACAGCAUGGACUGGGACCUGAAGGAGGAACUCAGGGACUGUCUGGUGGCCGCUGCACCCUAUGGGGGUCCCAUUGCGCUGCUAAGGAACCCCUGGCGGAAGGAGAAAGCUGCCAGCCUGCGGCCAGUGCUUGAGAUCUACUCUGCUUCCGGCGUGCCCCUAGCCAGCCUGCUGUGGAAGAGCGGGCCUGUGGUGUCCCUGGGCUGGUCGGCGGAGGAGGAGCUGCUGUGCGUGCAGGAAGAUGGUGCAGUGCUGGUGUACGGGCUUCACGGCGACUUCCGGAGACACUUCAGCAUGGGCAAUGAGGUGCUCCAGAAUCGGGUUCUGGAUGCCCGGAUCUUUCAUACCGAGUUUGGUUCCGGAGUGGCCAUCCUCACAGGGGCCCAUCGCUUCACCCUCAGUGCCAAUGUGGGUGACCUCAAACUCCGCCGGAUGCCAGAGGUGCCUGGUUUGCAAAGUGCACCCUCCUGCUGGACCACACUGUGCCAGGACCGAGUUGCACACAUUCUUCUGGCCAUGGGGCCUGAUCUGUACCUCCUGGACCAUGCAACCUGCUCCAUGGUGACGCCCCCUGGCCUGGCCCCAGGAGUGAGCAGCUUCCUGCAGAUGGCUGUCUCCUUCACCUACCGGCACCUGGCGCUUUUCACAGACACGGGCUAUAUCUGGAUGGGGACGGCAUCACUCAAGGAGAAGCUGUGUGAGUUUAACUGCAACAUCAGGGCACCCCCGAAGCAGAUGGUCUGGUGCACCCGUCCUCGCAGCAAGGAAAGGGCCGUUGUGGUAGCCUGGGAGAGGCGGCUGAUGGUAGUGGGCGACGCACCUGAGAGCAUCCAGUUCGUGCUGGAUGAGGACUCUUACCUGGUGCCUGAACUCGACGGGGUCCGCAUCUUCUCUCGCAGCACCCACGAGUUCCUGCAUGAGGUUCCAGCGGCCAGUGAGGAGAUCUUCAAAAUUGCCUCGAUGGCCCCUGGAGCUCUGCUGUUGGAAGCCCAAAAGGAGUAUGAGAAAGAAAGCCAGAAGGCGGAUGAAUACCUGCGGGAGAUCCAGGAACUGGGGCAGCUGACACAGGCCGUGCAGCAGUGCAUUGAGGCCGCGGGGCAUGAGCACCGUCCCGACAUGCAGAAGAGUCUGCUCAGGGCGGCGUCCUUUGGAAAGUGUUUCCUGGACAGAUUUCCACCCGACAGCUUUGUGCGCAUGUGUCAGGACCUGCGAGUGCUCAAUGCUGUUCGCGACUACCACAUCGGGAUCCCUCUCACCUACAGCCAAUACAAGCAGCUUACCAUCCAGGUGCUGCUGGACAGACUAGUGUUGCGGAGGCUUUACCCGCUGGCCAUCCAGAUCUGCGAGUACCUGCGCCUUCCUGAAGUACAGGGCGUCAGCAGGAUCCUGGCUCACUGGGCCUGCUACAAGGUGCAACAGAAAGAUGUGUCAGAUGAAGAUGUUGCCCGAGCCAUUAACCAGAAACUGGGGGACACGCCUGGCGUCUCUUACUCCGACAUUGCUGCGCGGGCCUAUGGCUGUGGCCGCACGGAGCUGGCCAUCAAGCUCCUAGAGUAUGAGCCACGCUCAGGAGAACAGGUACCCCUUCUCCUAAAGAUGAAAAGGAGCAAACUGGCACUGAACAAGGCCAUUGAGAGUGGGGACACUGACCUGGUGUUCACGGUGUUGCUGCACCUGAAGAAUGAGCUGAACCGCGGAGAUUUUUUCAUGACGCUUCGGAACCAGCCCAUGGCUCUGAGUUUGUAUCGACAGUUCUGUAAGCAUCAGGAGCUAGAGACGCUGAAGGACCUUUAUAAUCAGGAUGACAAUCACCAGGAACUGGGCAGCUUCCACAUCCGAGCCAGCUAUGCUGCAGAAGAGCGGAUCGAGGGGCGGGUAGCAGCUCUGCAGACAGCAGCUGAUGCCUUCUACAAGGCCAAGAACGAGUUUGCAGCCAAGGCCACAGAAGACCAAAUGCGCCUCCUCCGGCUUCAGCGGCGCCUAGAAGAUGAGCUAGGGGGCCGAUUCCUAGACCUGUCUCUACACGACACGGUCACCACUCUUAUCCUUGGUGGCCACAACAAGCGCGCAGAGCAAUUGGCACGUGACUUCCGCAUUCCUGACAAAAGGCUGUGGUGGCUGAAGCUGACUGCCCUGGCAGAGCUAGAGGACUGGGAGGAGCUGGAGAAGUUUUCCAAGAGCAAGAAGUCGCCCAUUGGCUACCUGCCCUUUGUGGAGAUCUGCAUGAAACAACAUAACAAAUAUGAAGCCAAGAAGUAUGCUUCCCGCGUGGGCCCUGAGCAGAAGGUCAAGGCUCUGCUUCUUGUUGGGGACGUGGCUCAGGCUGCAGAUGUGGCCAUCGAGCACCGGAACGAGGCUGAGCUGAGCCUCGUGUUGUCCCACUGCACCGGAGCCACGGAUGGGGCCACAGCUGACAAGAUUCAACGGGCCAGAGCACAAGCCCAGAAGAAGUAGCACUCCCUGUGCAACUCCCCAAGCCGGGGCUUCUCGCUGUGACGCUUCUGGGCUUGGCAGAAGGGUCACUGUCCAGCUCCACCCCCAGAACAAGGCUGAGAACUGAGCGGGGGGAGCAUGUCUGGUUGUAAAUAAAGUUGGGGUACUUGAGGUUCUUCUCCUAUGCGGUCCAGCCUAAGCAAAAGCAAGCUGAGGGCACAGACACCACAGCAAACCUCCACAUGUUUGUGUUGGAGCGGGAGGUGGGGGCUUCUCCAGCUGUACCUGCUAGAGACCUAUCCGUCUCCACAAAGCUACCAGGGAGAGCUCUCUGAAGCUCACUGCCCUGGGAAGAUCUAGGGGAGAGACGGUGCAGGCUCAAGUACCAGUUCCCCAGGAACCACACUGAAAAGAAUUACAUAUGUGUACACACACACACACACACGAGCCAUGCCAAACCCUUUACCCUUCUGACUUUAUUUAUUCUAUGUGACAGCCCUGUGAGAUAGGCAACGUCACCCCAUUUGAUGAUAGAGGAACUUGAGGCCCCCGGAGGCUGGUAAGGGCAAACGGGUGGCGGAACUGGAAUUUGACUCCCAGGCCAGCUGCGCUCCAACCGGAAUAGGGGUCUGUGAGCAGGGGAGCCUGAGGCAAGGUCCUGUUUGGCUGUGCCCCAAGGAUCGGACUAGUGAGAGGCCCGUGAGCAGUGGGGGUCAGAGGAAGGGCUUUGGGCCCCUUGCCCACUGAACAGCUGUAAGUGAUUCUUGAGUGGUCUCCAGGCGUGAGAGGAGAGCAAGGAAGACAUCAGUUCUACCAAAGAAGGGAACUACACACUGGAGACCCAGCUCCCUCCUCCCCCAGUCAGUAGGGCCUUUCGUGGCUCCGUGCCCUCCCUGUCUCCAGCCUCUGUCCACACUCCCGUGCACUGUGGCUUCAUGUCCCAGCACCCCCACCCAACACUGAGGGCACUGCCUUUUCCUUGUGUGGCCCCCUUUUGUCAAGUAGGAAACCAAAGCCCAGAGAGCAGGCCUCACCAGAGCUUCACACUCAAAGGGCUGACUGCUUUUAAAAAGAGACUCAGGACCUGGUAGUAUUCCUUUUCCUUUCCUUUUUUUUAGAUAUGUAAACUUAAAUUUGUGAAAAUCCUCCACGGGGUUAUAAAUCAAAUUAUAAAACCACCAUUUGUUAUGCUCACUAUUUAUUGUGUGGGUCAAGACAUUGAACAGGACACAAGAGGGAUGGUUUGUGUCUGCUCCACAAAGUCUAGGACAUCAGCUGUGAGACUCAAAGCUUGGGGAUUACCUAAGCUAGGGCUGAAACCAACUGAAGGCUUGCUUACACGUCUGGCAGUGAAGCUCGUUGUUUAGCUGUCGGCCAGAACGCCAGAACCUGGGGUACCUACAGCAUGGUGGCUGGGUCCUAGGGGUGAACUGCAUGGUUCUGGAAAUAGGGCCAGCUUUCUGGAAUCAGCAGACACCUCUAAGGAACAGAUUCUCAACACUGGGCUCAUCAUUCUGGACUUUUCCUCCCCAUUCUUGGUCCCAGAGUUCCUCAUUGCCCUUGGUAGUGCUUUGAUGCUUUUAAAAAUAUUUUCUCCAGCCUUUCCAGUUCUUAAUGACAAAGAGUUGUUAUCAGACCACAGUCUUUCCUCUUUGGAAAGGGGCAGGUGUGUGGCAAAGCAAGUAAAUUGCUGCUUGGGGUGCCCGCAUCUCACAUCAGAGUGCCUGGUUCCAGUCCCAGCUACUCUGUUUCUGAUCCAGCUUCCCGCUAGUGCACAUCCUGGGAGGCAGCUGCUGAUGGUUUAAGUUCUUGGUUCCCCUGCCACCCACAUGGGUGGCCAGGAUAGAGUUCCAGGUGCCUGGCUUCAGCCUAGCUCUACCCUGGCUGUUGUAGGCAUCUGGGGAGUGAACCAGUAGAUGGAAGAUUCUCUCUCUCUCUCUCUCUUUCCCCCUCUUCCCCCUCUUCCCCUCUCUCCCCAUCCAAAUAAAAUGAACAAAAUUUUUAAAGAAUGUGCAACAAUAAAAAGCCUAUAUCCCCUAAGUAACAUACCACACGUUCCCUCAUACACUAUACAGGCAUUACAGACUGCACAUAUGACGUUUCAGAACUGUGUGAGAACUUUUUUAAAAUUUAUUUAUUUGAUGUGUUGAUAAAGAUUUACAUUUGGAGGGAUGAUUUUUUUUUUUUUACAGAGUUAGAAAGGUCUUCCUUCCAUUGGUUCACCCCCUAAUUCCUCCUGGUCUCCCAUGCGGGUGCAGGGCCCAAGCACUUGGGCCAUCCUCCACUGCACUUCCGGGCCACAGCAGAGAGCUGGACUGGAAGAGGAGUAACAGAGACAGAAUCCAGCGCUCUGAUCAGGACUAGAACCCGGGGUGCCGGCACCACAGGCGGAGGAUAGCCAAGUUAGCCGCGGUGCUGGCCUAAUUUAUUUAUUUGAGUUACAGAGAGGCAGAGGCAGAGAGAGAGGUCUUCCAUCCACUGGUUCACUCCCCAGAUGGCCUUAAUGGCAGGAGCUACACCGAUCCAAAGCCAGGAGCCAGGAGCUUCCUCUGGGUCUCCCAUGUGGGUGCAGGGGCCCAAGGACUUGGGCCAUAUUCCACUGCUUUCCCAGGCCAUGGCAGAGAACUGAAUCGGAAGUGGAGCAGCCAGGACUAGAACCGGAGCCCAUGUGGAAUGCUGGCCCUGAAGGCAAUGGUUUUACCUGCUACACCACAGCACCAGCCCCAAGAGAACUUUUAACAAUGAUAAAUUUAUACAAACAUAGUGAUUUCCACUUUAUUAGAAGUGUGUGCAUAUGGAGAAGCCUUGGAAUUGUCUGCAAGGAAAGUUGUAAUUAAAAGUGAUUUUGGGUACUUAUACAGUGAACGCAGUAACAUUUUACUUGUUUCAUCACAUACUUGUCCAUCUAUCCAUCCCUCUAUACACCUGGCUUUUUUGAUACAUUUCAAAGUAAGUUCCAGACACCAGCACACCUCUGCCUAAAUACUUCAGAAUGUAAUCUGUUACCUAGAGUUCAUUAUAUGUUUGUAAUUUUUUUUCUUUUCAGGGAAAAUCUGUAUACAAUGAAAUGAAAAAAAUCUU